AUGCCUGCUAUGAAAGCGGGAGUUGCUUCCAGGACUGACCAACUGGAAGUCGGGGUUUGGAUCCAGUCCUGCAGCCUGCAAGACAAGAAGGCAUGCUGUGUGACGGAUGCCCCUAGUGCGAGCUGCUGCAACGACACCAGCAACUUGUUCACUUUUACGCCGGGUUAUAUACAAGCAGUCAUCAACGGCGACGGCACGAACCGCUUGGGCCCGUACGUGGCAGCGGAUGAAAAAGCUGUCACGACACCGACCUCGACAGCAUCAACGGGCUCUGACGCCGGCUCCUCUAACGAUACAUCUGCCAGCGCCACUGUCGCUGCCACCGAUGACACGACUUCGCUAUCGACCCCCGUCAGAGACGCCAUAAUCGCAGUAGGUGCUGUACUCGGGACCAUCCUUCUGAUCACACUUGCAUCACUGGUAUUCGUGUGGCGGAAGUUUUCCAAGGAGAGGCGGCUGCGACGCGAGGAACAGGAGGCGCUCAGGCGGCAACAGAAGGAAACUUGGCCCCAACUAACCCACGAGGCCACGUUUCAAGCAGGCGGAGGCGGCGUGCCAGGGGGGAGGAGCGAAAUGUACGCUGGGGAGUUCAAAGGCAGGCCUUGGUCCCGAGAUGUGCGGGAACUGCCCGCAUCUCAACAUGUUGGUGAGCUGAGUACGUAG